CCUGAAAACUGAAGCUGCCUGUUGGCUUUGGGUGCUUCUGUGGGCCAUUGCUACAGCUGGUGGAGAGCUCUCUCAGUGUAACACGUUAGAGAGAAACUGGAGAUUCUUCUCCGGGAACAAAAUCAAAGUUCCAGGAAAGGGAGUGCAUUGUUGAGGACUCAGAAGGAGGUCCCCAAAGGACCACCCUCAGUCAGUUCCGAACCUUUCUGCUUCCAACUUUAGCCCUCACAUCCCGCCUCGUCCUCGGCUCUGCAGGGCGAACUCAGCUCUAAGCCGUUGGCUGCAGCCAGCGCCUGCGGCUUUCCGCGGGACCUCCUCCUCAGCGGCCUUUGUCUGGGGUCUCUUUGUCUAGGAGACCCCUUUGGUCCAGUUUCACAGUUCUGUGUCCGCUCCCUUUCUCUGGGUUAGGCUGUCCCCUCCCUCUCUGCGGGGGCUGAGAGGCUCGGCGAGGGGAGCGGGGCUGGGUUGCCAUGGUCACCUUGAAGCCAGCCGCAGCUGGCCAGGGCAGCUGCUCUUGGGCCCCCGAGGCUGGAGCUUGGACAAAGCCGGGAGGCUUCAUCGGCCUCAGAUCUGGAUCCCCAAAGGCCUGAGCCUGGGGACACUGAAACUCGGGAGAACCUGGAGGUGAGAGGGAGGAAGAGCUCACCUGGGAGAGCAGGAACAGACCUUGGGGCUGGGCUGCCUUUAUGAGAAGGGACCAGAAAUGCUGUCCCCUCCUCCAUAGGCCAGAGGGACCAGGAGCGAUGGGGACAGGGGCCCUCUCACCUCUACUGCUGCUGCUACUCUUGGUGACAAUUGGAGAUGCUGACAUGAAGGGACAUUUUGACCCUGCCAAGUGCCGCUAUGCCCUGGGCAUGCAAGACCGCACUAUUCCUGACAGCGACAUCUCCGUCUCCAGCUCCUGGUCAGACUCCACCGCUGCCCGCCACAGCAGGCUGGAAAGCAGUGACGGAGACGGAGCGUGGUGCCCUGCAGGGCCUGUGUUCCCCAAAGAGGAGGAGUACCUGCAGGUGGACCUUCGGAGGCUACAUCUGGUGGCUCUGGUAGGCACACAGGGCCGCCAUGCUGGGGGCCUGGGCAAAGAGUUCUCCCGAAGCUACCGGUUGCGUUACUCCCGAGAUGGCCGCCGCUGGAUGGACUGGAAGGACCGCUGGGGUCAGGAGGUGAUUUCGGGUAACGAGGAUCCUGGUGGAGUGGUGCUGAAGGACCUUGGGCCCCCCAUGGUGGCCCGCCUGGUCCGCUUCUACCCGCGGGCUGACCGUGUCAUGAGUGUCUGUCUGCGGGUGGAGCUCUAUGGCUGCCUCUGGCGGGAUGGACUCCUGUCGUACACAGCCCCCGUGGGGCAGACCAUGUACUUAUCUGAGGUGGUGCAUCUCAAUGACUCCACCUAUGAUGGAUAUACUGCAGGCGGGCUGCAGUAUGGCGGUCUGGGUCAGUUGGCAGAUGGUGUGGUGGGGCUGGAUGACUUCAGGCAGAGCCAGGAGCUGCGGGUCUGGCCAGGCUAUGACUACGUAGGAUGGAGCAACCAUAGCUUCUCCAGUGGCUAUGUGGAGAUGGAGUUUGAGUUUGACCGACUGAGGACCUUCCAGACCAUGCAGGUCCACUGUAACAACAUGCACACUCUGGGAGCCCGUCUACCAGGCGGCGUGGAAUGCCGGUUUAAAAGGGGCCCUGCCAUGGCCUGGGAGGGAGAGCCUGUGCGCCAUGCCUUGGGGGGCAGCCUCGGAGACCCCAGAGCCAGGACCGUCUCAGUGCCCCUGGGGGGCCGCGUGGGCCGCUUCCUGCAGUGCCGAUUCCUCUUUGCAGGACCCUGGUUACUCUUCAGUGAGAUCUCUUUCAUCUCGAACGUGGUGAACGAUUCCUCUGAAACCUUCCCGCCAGCCCCCUGGUGGCCGCCUGGCCCACCUCCCACCAACGUCAGCAGCUUUGAGCUGGAGCCCCGGGGCCAACAGCCAGUGGCCAAGGCGGAGGGGAGCCCGACUGCCAUCCUUAUUGGCUGCCUGGUGGCCAUCAUCCUGCUGCUGCUGCUCAUCAUUGCACUCAUGCUCUGGAGGCUGCACUGGCGCCGCCUGCUCAGCAAGGCCGAGCGUCGGGUGUUGGAGGAGGAGCUGACGGUUCACCUCUCUGUCCCUGGGGACACCAUCCUCAUCAACAACCGCCCAGGGCCCCGAGAGCCACCCCCUUACCAGGAGCCCCGGCCUCGGGGGACUCCACCCCAUUCUGCGCCCUGUGUCCCCAAUGGCUCUGCGUUGCUGCUCUCCAAUCCGGCCUACCGCCUCCUUCUGGCCACUUACGCCCGUCCCCCUCGAGGCCCGGGCCCCCCCACACCCGCCUGGGCCAAACCCACCAACACCCAGGCCUGCAGUGGGGACUAUAUGGAACCCGAGAAGCCGGGUGCCCCGCUUCUACCCCCACCUCCCCAGAACAGCGUCCCCCAUUAUGCCGAGGCUGACAUUGUCACCCUGCAGGGCGUCACUGGGGGCAACACCUAUGCUGUGCCCGCCCUGCCCCCAGGGGCAGUUGGGGAUGGCCCCCCCAGAGUGGAUUUCCCCCGGUCACGGCUCCGCUUCAAGGAGAAGCUUGGCGAGGGCCAGUUUGGGGAGGUGCACCUGUGUGAAGUAGAGGACCCUCAAGACCUGGUCAGUGGUGACUUCCCUGUCAGCGUGCACAAGGGACACCCCUUGCUGGUAGCGGUGAAGAUCCUCCGGCCAGAUGCCACCAAAAAUGCCAGGAAUGACUUCCUGAAGGAGGUCAAGAUCAUGUCGAGGCUGAAGGACCCAAACAUCAUCCGGCUCCUGGGCGUGUGUGUGCAGGACGACCCCCUCUGCAUGAUCACAGACUACAUGGAGAAUGGUGACCUGAACCAGUUCCUUAGUGCCCACCAGCUGGAGAACAAGGCAGCUCAGGGGGUUCCUGGGGACAGAGAGUCUGACCAGGGGCCCACAAUCAGCUACCCUAUGCUGUUGCACGUGGGGGCCCAGAUCGCCUCAGGCAUGCGUUAUCUGGCCACACUUAACUUUGUGCAUCGGGACCUGGCCACCAGGAACUGCUUGGUUGGGGAAAACUUCACCAUCAAAAUCGCUGACUUUGGCAUGAGCCGAAAUCUCUAUGCUGGGGAUUAUUACCGCGUACAGGGCCGGGCCGUGCUGCCCAUCAGGUGGAUGGCCUGGGAGUGCAUCCUCAUGGGGAAGUUCACGACAGCAAGUGACGUGUGGGCCUUUGGAGUGACCCUGUGGGAGGUACUGAUGCUCUGCAGGUCCCAGCCCUUUGGGCAGCUUACAGACGAGCAGGUCAUCGAGAACGCUGGGGAGUUCUUCAGGGACCAAGGCCGGCAGGUAUACUUGUCCCGGCCACCCGCCUGCCCGCAGACCCUCUAUGAACUGAUGCUGCGGUGCUGGAGCCGGGAGCCUGAGCAGCGGCCGCCCUUUGCCCAGCUUCAUCGGUUCCUGGCAGAUGACGCACUUAACACAGUGUAAACUCAGGACCCUGCAGCCCUUUCUCAUUGGGAGCCCUCCAGGGGAAGCUGGACACUAGAACGAGAGAAGCCCACGGCACCCCACCCCACCAUCUCCUGACUUGCCGUCCCUGAGAGGCAGCGUUUCUGCAGGUGGGCUGGGCCUGCCCAAGGAGCUGAAGCCUCUGUCUCUGGAGACACACUCCCUUCCUGCUGGCCUUCCAUCUCCCGAGCACCACCCACCCAGCUGGCCCUGUGGUUGGGAUCCUGCCUGACUUCUUCCAGCCAUCCCCUGGGGAAGGAUGGGGACACAUUCAGGGCACACACUGGACAAGGCCCCCUGGAGCACCUGGGCCCCACUGGACAACACUGGUUCCUGGGGAGGUGGCUGUGUCCCCGGCCUCCUUCCUGUCACACACUGGACACUGCCAGCUGAGAAACUGGGGGAUGAGGUGGACAAGGAAACCUAACCCCCUACGGUGGUCCUCAGCCCUGGCUUCCUUCUGAUCCCCGCCCCCGACACACUGGACCUGGGGUGAUCCCUGUCCUGAUCCUCGUCACACACCCCUCCUUCCCACUGACUGAACUGCAGCUAGGACUUCUCAAAGCCUAUAUGUUUCUGUGGAGUAAAUACUAGGAUGGGGGACAGAGGGAUCCAUAGCCCAAGGCUGGGGGUGGGGAAUCUCUAUUGUAGCUACCACAUUGGUUUUUCUAUAAUCACGUGGGUUUGUACAUUUUUGGGGGGAGAGACACAGAUUUUUACACUAAUAUAUGGACUUAGAUUGAGGCAGUUUUAAUCUCCUGCAGUAGGCAGGUAAUAAUAAAAGUUGAGUUUUUCCACA